CUCCUCUCGUCUCCGCUUCAAAAUUCAUGUUUCCGUUGAACAGACCAGUUGUUGGGUAGUGGUAGUCUCAUGUGGUGGUCGGAUUAGCGUUCGAAAUUUCCCUUCGUUGGGCCCGUGAGACUGUUGGAGAUUGUGGCUGGGGCUUUUGUUUUGGUGGAGCGAAAUUGUUUUGACUAAACUAUGUCUUCUCAUCUCAUUUACGAGGACCAAGAAAACAGAAUCCCGGCCGCCCAACGAAGAGUGAAACCUCAGGACCCAAGAUUGACAAACGCCAGCAAUGCCCAGGCUAACACCAGCACCAGCAGCAACAACUCGCGGUGCAUUUUGGCACCCAUCAAUCAAAAUUUACGGAGGCAGCCUACCAGAGCAGCGAAGCAGGGUGUCAGCUAUGAAACGGGUGUCCCGCAACAAGAUGAAAAUGUUUGCCCAAACCAGAAGUCAUUUUCCACGAGUCACCCCUCAUUUACCAUCCAUGAAGACUCAUCAUCAUGUUUAUCCAUGGGAUCCACCAACUCGAGCAUAGCAAAUGCUAGCAUUAAGUCCACUAGACCUCCUUUAAGGGAGAGAAGUAUAAAAAGUGUAAAAAGAAGUGCUGAACCCAAAUUGAAAAUUGAAGACAUCGGUCCAAGCAUAUUGAAAUUGGAGAGGUCUUCAGAUACUGAAACAUCUGGGUCCCCUGCUACUAUGGAAGUGAGUCUUUGUGAGGAUGAUUUAAUGGUAGUUGAAACUAGCCCUCGUGAAGAUGUUUUAAAAAAGCGAAGUGAAGAUAUUUAUGAUGUACCUGAAUAUGCAGAAGACAUUUACAAAUACCUGAGGCAAGCUGAAGUGUUUCACAAACCUCGUGUCAACUACAUGGCCAAACAGACAGAUAUUACAGCUAGCAUGAGGUGGAUUUUAGUUGACUGGCUUGUUGAAGUAGCUGAAGAAUAUACCCUUCAUACUGAAACCUUAUAUUUGGCUGUGUCUUAUAUAGACAGAUUCCUCUCUCACAUGUCUGUAAAAAAAGACAAGCUUCAGCUAGUGGGCACAACAGCCAUGUUCAUUGCUGCGAAAUAUGAGGAAAUAUACCCACCAGAUGUCAGCCAGUUUGCUUACAUCACGGAUAAUACGUACAAAGUUGGGCAAAUAUUGCGGAUGGAACAUCUUAUUUUGAAAGUGUUGAGUUUUGAUAUGGCAGUUCCAACAGCAAAUGUUUUUGUUAACAAGUUUGCAAGAAUGUGCAAGGCCCCUGAAGAAACUUUACAUUUAGCUCUGUUUCUUGCAGAGAUAACGAUGCUUGACUGUGAUCCAUUCCUGCGAUAUCUUCCUUCAAUGAUUGCUGCCUCAUCAGUUGCGUUGGCAAAUCAUACACAGGGUCGGUUAGCAUGGCCACCACAUGUAGAAGAAUCUUCUGGGUAUAGUUUACAAGAUUUGAAAGAAUGCUAUGUGAAUAUUCAUCGUACCUUUUCACGUGUCCAUGAAAGUCAACAGCAUGCUAUCAGAGACAAGUACAAAAGUUCAAAGUGGCAUUCGGUAUCACAGCUGAGUCCGCGCCUCAACUUCCCAUGGUGAAAAUCUUGUGCUGUGAGAUGAGUGAAUUCUUCUGUUAAAUUGAGUCCUUUCGAGUGAACUGAUGUUUUAAGUGAGGUUACUGUGUGAGUGUGGUUUGUUCAGGAAGUAGAAUGAUGUAAAGUAACUGCUAAUGAAGGAUGUUCGUAAGCAGGUUUUGCUGGUAUUGGAAGUUUCAGUACUGCCUUUUCAAAGGACCUUUUUUUUUUUUUUUUUUUUUUUAUUCAUUUUUAGUCAUUUACUUUAGAGGCAAGUUUUACCUUUAAAUGAAAUAAAACGUACCUGCCAGCAUACAGGCCUGUUUUGCAGGAGAUUUUUACCUAAUAUUCAUAUGAUGAUGAAUGGAGUCUGUCAUGGAAGUGAAUGAGAUUUUUCCAUUAGGUAGCGUAGUACUACCAAAAACAUAUCAGUACCAAGGAAGACAUGUCUGUAUAUAUUGUAUUUACUUUAGGAACUUGUAGGACACACUUUGUCCCAUUACAUUUUAAUGGAAAAUGACUUGUUCCCAAAAAUCACGACAUCUUCGGUCCCUGUCCUUUUUGACAUUUGCCAUUCCAAAGAAAAUGCAAAUUUAUGGAAUAAAAAAUCAUUUUUCUAGAUUGUUUUUAUUUCUCCAUGCUUUGUUUUUCCUUUUAGUCCAAAGUCAGUGUCUUGAUUACAAAUUAUACUUGUAUAGUCUUAAUUUCUAGCAGUAUUUCAACAAAGCAUUAAAACCAACUUCACAGAAAAGGGAUAUCUGCUGCUAGCAAGGGAAACCUUACUGUGAGGUGAGCUUCGUCUUUUAAGGGACUUAACUGUACAGAAGGGCAAUGUAGAUUUUUUUUUACUUGCCUAGCGAGUUAUUUUAUUGUGUAAACACGUUUGAAGUUCAUUAAAAGAUAGUGUUAA